AUGCGUGCCUCGUCCAUCCUCCUGUCAGCCGCGGCGGCACUCCUCCCCGUCGCCGAAUCCGCGGCAUGCCCCCCAUUGGGCCCAGUCCUGCCAGCUCCUCUCAAGCCCAGCUCGCACGAGGCCGUGCAGAAGGCCAUCGAGAAGCUCACGGCCGGUCUGGACGCCCAGACAUCCAAGUUGGUAGCCAGCGGCCUCUCCAUCGGCGUCAAGUCUCUUCACGAGGACAAGCAGCUCUUCAGCUACCACUUCACCCCCAAUGUGACCUCUGGCAUCGGCACGUCCAAGAUCGACGAGAACACCAUCUACCGCGUGGGUAGCAUCUCGAAGAUGAUGCCCGCCAUCACCGCCCUGCAGAACGCCAACAUCAACUUCGACGACUCCAUCCUGAAGUACAUCCCCGAGCUUCGCAAUGCCACCAACGACGAUGCCCUCAAGGCGGUGGCCUGGGAGGACAUCACUGUCGGCUCUCUCGCUAACCAUUUGAGUGGGCUUGCAACAGACUCCGCCAUGGAUCUCGGAAUCAACCCUCUGGGCCCUUGGAGCAAGAUGGGUUUGCCCAAGAUCGCCCAGGGCACCGGCCCUUCCUGCUCCGGUCUCCCUGGCACCGUUGCCUGCACAAAGGCCGACCUGGUCCGUGAUCUCGCCAAGCGACCUCCCGUCUACCUUCCGAACACCAGCCCCGUCUACUCCAACGUCGGCUUCGCUCUCCUCGGCCAGGUGGUCGAGAGUGCCACCGGAAGGCCCCUCGACGAGAUCCUCCAGGAGAACGUGUACAGUGUUGCGGGUAUGAACAGCACCUCCUUCAACGGCCCCGUCAAGUCCUUCUCCGAGCAGGGCUUCGUGCCCAAGGGAGAAGUUACCUGGAACGUCACUCUGGGCGUCUUCGAAGCCGCCGGCGGUCUCUUCUCCAACACCGUCGACCUCAUCGCCUUCGCCGAGGCCAUCCUCAACAACAAGCUCCUCUCGCCCGCCAAAACCCGCAAGUGGAUGCAUCCCCAAGCUCACACCUCCAGCUUCGGCAACUCGGUCGGCGCCCCCUGGGAGAUCGUCCGCGGUGACACCCUCACACCGGACGGCCGCCUCGUCGACGUCUACACCAAGUCCGGCGACCUCGGCCUCUACCACGCCCUCCUCGGCCUCAUCCCCGACUACGACCUCGUCGUCUCCGUCAUCACCGCCGGCGCAGAGGUCUCCCUCAAGCCCACCGCCCGCUCCGAGUUCUUCUCCGCCGUCAUCUCCACCCUCCUCCCCGCCAUCGCCGCCGCGGGAGUCGACCAGGCCACCGCCGCCUACGAGGGCACCUACGUCGACGCGACCACCAACUCCUCCCUCACCCUCUCCACCAACCUCUCCUCCGCCGGCCUCGCCAUCGACUCCUUCUCCGCCCGCGGCUUCGACGUCCAGCGCCACAUCAGCUCCUACUCCCUCUCCGUCAACGAGACCAACCUCCAGAUCCCCGACGCCCAGCUCCCCCACGUCGAGGGCCGCCUCGUCCCCUCCAACCGCCAGAAGCGCAACCCGGACGGCAGCGUCGAGCGAGCCUGGCGCGCCGUCUUCGAGACCCGCACCGACGAGGCCAAGCAGGCCCAGGACGCCGCCCUCUUCUGGCCGGGAGGGUCCUGCGAGACCUGGUUCGGCCUCGACCGCGCCGCCUACAACUUCCUCAGCAUCACCGACUUCGUCGUCGUCGAGGGCUGCGACGGCAAGGCAAAGGUCAUCAAGAACCCUGCGUUCAACAUCACCUUGACCAGGGUGUAG